AAUUUGAACAGUACACGAACGACUUAAAACGAUCACUGUUGACAAAUUUCUAAAAUGCCACUGUCAAAUUUGGAAACCGAUCAAAAUCGAGCAGUGAUUAAUAAACGGUCUAUAAAUUAAAAUGUGCUAAUCCGAUGAUCUCGCAGGAAUAUGAGGACUCCGGAAAUGAAACGAGUGGCGACGACGUCGACUUUGCUAUGGAAGUCGAAGCAGGUGCGGCCUUCACCACCAAUGAAGACUAUCAAUUUGAAGUGCUUUCAACUGAUGACAUUGUACAGUACAUGACGGAUACCAUCAAGGACGUGAACACCGUCGUACAGAUGCCCGCAGCUACAACACGUACUCUACUAAAUUUCUUCAACUGGGACAAGGAGAAGUUGCUGGAACGCUUUUACGACGGCAAUCAGGAUGAAUUGUUUCGAGAGGCGCACGUUGUUAGUCCGUUUAAGCGCGUCAGUGUGACGAAGCCGAAAUUUUCGAGGAAGAUUCUUGGGACGGAGGAGUGCGAGAUUUGUUUUAUGGUACUGCACCAGUCGCAAAUGACUGGAUUGGAAUGCGGGCAUAGGUUCUGCUACCCGUGCUGGAACGAGUACCUUACGACUAAGGUCAUGGAGGAAGGUGUUGGAAAAAGUAUCGCGUGCGCUGCCCACAAUUGUCCCAUACUUGUCGAUGACCAAUCGGCGAUGAGAUUACUGAACGAUCCUCAAAUACGUGUCAAAUAUCAGCAUUUAAUCACCAGCAGUUUUGUAGAGUGCAAUAGGUUAUUGCGUUGGUGUCCAGGUCCCGACUGUAACUAUGCGAUAAAGGUGGCCUAUGUUGAUGCUCUUCCAGUUACAUGUCGAUGCGGCCAUGUCUUUUGUUUUGCCUGCGGGGAACACUGGCACGAACCAGUUCGUUGUGAACUAUUAAGAAGGUGGAUUAAAAAAUGCGACGAGGAUUCCGAAACCUCAAACUGGAUUGCGGCAAAUACCAAAGAAUGCCCCAAGUGUAACGCCACAAUCGUGAAGGAUGGGGGCUGCAAUCACAUGGUAUGUAAGAAUCAAAGUUGCAAGGCGGACUUUUGUUGGGUGUGCCUGGGACCAUGGGAGCCCCACGGUAGCUCGUGGUACAGCUGCAACCGUUACGAUGAUCACGAGGCGAAGGCGGCAAGAGACGCCCAGGACCGUUCCCGUGCCGAGCUGCAACGGUACCUAUUCUACUGCAACAGGUACAUGAAUCACAUGCAGUCUCUGAGAUUCGAAAAUAAACUAUACGAAGAAGUUCAAGCCAAGAUGGACGAAAUGCAGGACAACAACAUGGGCUGGAUCGAGGUGCAGUUCUUGAAAAGGGCGGUCGACAUACUCUGCAAGUGUCGACAGACCUUGAUGUACACCUAUGUGUUUGCUUACUACUUGCGCAAGAAUAAUCAGUCUGUCAUUUUUGAAGAUAAUCAGAAGGACCUGGAGAGCAGCACCGAGCUUCUUAGUGAGUACCUGGAGAGGGACAUUACUCAAGAGAAUCUCCCCAACAUUAAACAGGAGGCGCAAGAUAAGUACAUGUACUGCAACCUGAGACGUAUAGCUUUGCUCGGUCAUGUUCACGAGGGCUAUGAGAAGGGCUGGUGGGAGUAUACGGACUAGCGCAUGCGCUACGGUUUUUGAAACUUUCAUUUGUAUUUAUAAUUUCUUGUCGACAUUGAAUAUACGGGUUUAGUUUCGA